AUGGCAUCCAAGAAUAACCACUUCGUGCUACCGGACAGUACACCAAGAUCUAGCAAAUUGACCAUCAACAUAGCCGGGUUCCGUGUGCACCUUUACGGGGUCCAGGAAUUAUCUGCCCAACAGCGGGAGGACACCACCGUCUUGUUCCAUAUCCACGGCCGGACAAGAACGUAUAAAGACGCCGAACCAGUUGCCCACCAACUUCUGUAUGGAAUGAGAGAAAGGGGAGACUCCAACAGAGGCCUCGUUGUGGCGACGUUCGAUAAUCGCAACCACGGUGACAGAACAUCAGGACUGGAAAGGGGGCAAUAUCCAGCAUGCGUAUGGACACCGUGGCAACUUGGAUCAGAUCAACAGCUGACGGUAUACAGACAAGACAUGUUGUCCACGAUUGUCAUGAAAUACCUGGCGUCUUAUGUCGAUGGCAUUUUCCAUCCGACCCAGUUCAUAGUGACCGGGGUCUCCCUGGGAGGCCACAUCACAUGGAACAUGCUCGCCGAGGAACCUUCCAUUGCUGGUGCUAUUAUCAUCGUCGGAUCACCAAACCUCACUGAUAUGCUCGUGGAGCGCCUGGGAUACGCCUCCCUAUCCGACAUACCACAAAACACGAAGGAGUGGCCGAGGUCCAUCGAAAGUCUAUAUCGAGAGCGUGACCAGGCACUCGAAAAGAUAGUGGGCAAGAAGAUUCUAAUAUUGAAUGGGGCUCUUGAUACUCUGGUCCCCAGCAAAUUCACAGAUCCCUGGGUUGCUAAGUACGCGCACCAGAACGACGUCAAGUUUAUCGUUCAGGAAGAUUGUGGGCAUGUUUUGUCAUUUCGCAUGAUGGAGGAGGUUGUGGAAUGGGUAGCGCAGAUAUUGGUAUAG